UAAUCAUGCGCACUGUUUUGCACAACUUUCCAGCAGCAGCACGUCUUUCUAUAAGUAGUAUAAGUGGAAUACAGAGAUCAUCUGUUGCUUAAAGAACAGCCGUCUUCCCCUGUGCUUUUUGUUGACGUUCCAAAAGAGGGUUUUGCUCUGUGAAAGCUAUGAACGCUGCAAUACCUGCCACGUCCAACAGAUUGUAGAAUCACAAAAGCCACGUUUCCGCUAAAUACCCCAUUGUGUUUUGAGAGGGUAUGUGCAAAAUAAAAUUGUCACAAACAUCAUAAUAACUGUAUACAAUCCAGAUUCAAGACUGGGUUUGGAAAUUGGAUGGUUGAGGCAUGCCAGGGGGGUUGUGAAAUUAUUUCAGUAGGCAGGCGGUGAUGCUUGAGUAUGAAAACAGGCUGUUGGAGUCUGUCUGACCCCUAUUUGAGGGCUAGGGUUAAACAUAAAAUAUCGAAGAUUCUGACAUAGAAACCUCGAACCCGAGUUGAGAGGGCACAAUUUAUACACAAUAGAUCUAUUCUAUCCCAUCGCCUCAGGGGGAGGACUCAGGUCUAACACGGGGAUGGCUCAGCGUUUUGAAAGACGCUAGAUCUACUUACUUUGUUGAGCACAAUGCAAAACAAGCCUGUUAAAUUUUGAUCAGCGAUUUUCGACGACGUCUGGAGAGGACUGCCGGCUGACGAGGUGCUUAUUUCACUGUGUCUGAGCUCAGCUAAGCUUGAGCGUGUUAUCACCUGUGCUAUAUCUUGAACCCAGCUAGCUUGAUAUACAUUCGGAAGGCUACAUUGAACUUCAUUGCUUCGUUGACUAGUGCUAAGAGUGGGCUGCGUGUGUUUUUGUUUCAAGUUAAUCGUUACAGAUGACCAUAGACUGAGGGAUUACUGUGGAUGUGGUAACCGUAAUUCAUAAGCACAUUAAUUUCUCUUCUAAUGGCUGGACGUGCUCAUCUUGAGUUCAUCGUCGUAGUUUUGUUAACAACCUCUCUUGUGAGGGAUUGUCAAGCCACCGCCCCCACCGUGUCCACCCCUGCUGGCAGAUUCCAGGGUCUUCGGGAGAAUGAUAAGAAAGGCCAGCCGUAUUUUGCCUUCCGGGGGAUUCCAUACGCAAAACCACCGGUUGGAGAACUACGAUUUGCCUUGCCGGAACCUUUGCCCAAACUAGACGGCACAUUCGACGCGACGAAACAUGGGCCCGUCUGCCCCAUGCCAGACAUGUUUUUGAAACUCACAAACAGGGAACAAGGUGAAGAGGACUGCCUUUUUCUUAACGUCUACACCAAAGCGUUGGCUCCAUUGUCUCCAAAGAAGGUGUUAGUUUUCAUACAUGGCGGUGGGUAUAUUGUUGGGAGUUCUAAUGAGUACAACACAGGCACUGUUGUGACGACUCACGACAUUGUUUUCGUUACCAUCAACUACCGCUUGGGCGUUCUUGGUUUCCUCAGCACUGAGGAUCAGUCCGGCCCUGGAAACUUUGGGCUCUGGGACAUGACACUGGCCUUGAAAUGGGUCAAGGACAACAUAGCGCCUUUUGGAGGCGACCCUAACGACGUCACCAUAUCCGGGGAGUCUGCGGGGGGUUCUGCCGUGGGGUAUCUUUCCAUCUCCCCUCACACCAAAGGACUUUUCUCUAAGGCGUAUCCACAGAGCGGAACCCCCACUUCCGCAUUCGGCAAAGCACUUGACCCUCAGAAAGAUGCUUUAACUCUCGCUGCCAGUGUCAACUGCUUUGAAGGCGACGCCUCGCAAAAAGCUGACUCUGACACGACCAGGAAAGUGGUAGAAUGUCUGCGCAAACUGCCCUUGUCUAACUUCACCCAGUACGUGCCAUUCCGUGUUGACAAAACUGCUUUCGUUCCUAUAGUCGACAAAGACUUUGUCCCUAGACCACCUUUACAGCUGCUCCAAGACGACAGUUACUUGGAAGACGUAGGUUUCUUCAAAAGAUCAUACCUCGUUGGGAUUAACAACAACGAAGCUUCCAUUAUGAGAAGCUCCUCAGCUAUUGCUAUUAACAGCCGGGACGAUAUUACUGACGAAGAAAAAGCAGAUUUAUUGAGAAAAACACUAUCUUCAGCGUACAACUUUUACGCUCGGUCCCGAAUGGACGCCAUGGUGUCGACCUCCAUCGUUGACAAAAUCGUUAGUUGGUAUGACAGACGAUACGGGGAUGAUACUCUAACAAUGAUAAUCAGUGAUUUGAGUUUUGAAAUUCCUACUUUUGAUUUUAUAGACGCUGCCUCCAGAGGAAAAGAUACCAAGGUUUGGCUUUUCCACUUUAAUCACUUCCCGAGAUUUAUGAAAGGAAAAGAGAAGGGAAUUGUCCACGGACUAGAUCUAUGUUACUUGUUUGAUAUGUCCGUUGAAAGGAUAGAGCAAAUUCUCAAACAAGGAAUUGAUGGGACGAUAGGAAUGGAUGACGAAGAUUUGGACCUCAAGUCACGACUUUCCAAAAUCAUUGCAGACUUCACAAAAACUGGGAGCGCCGACUGGCCACAGUACAAUGUGGAGGACAUGAAGUACCUGGACUUCAAACCUCGUGCGGAGGUCCGACAGGGACUGGAGAUUGACAAGAGGAGAUUCUGGCUGGAAGAACUCACGGAGUCGGUUCCGGGAAAACAUGCGCAUACUGAGUUGUAGAACUAUUAGUUGUACAAUCGCGUGAUAUUUCUUAGGAUAUUAGGUUUAAUAAGUGUGUGAAUAAAAACAGAGAGACAUAUUGCAUUUUUACUUCAAUUUCAAUGAGGAAACAGAUGAAUGAGAGAAGGUUCUUGCAAGAAGGCCUCAGAGAACUGGCUCUUUAAAAACAAAAAGCCAUACCAACGGGUUUGUAAGAGUGUCAACGAAACCGCAUAAGAUAUUAUUUGCGUAUUAAGUCGUUUGACUAUGUAACGAGGCAAGGUCUGUACGGCACACUUAUUUUUACAUGGAAACAGCUGUAUGCCAGUUCUUUUUUAUGACAUCAAGACAAUAAUUAUUAGGAAUACGUGAGUCUGUUUCUAUUAGUGUGUUACUAGGGACAAGCAUGUACAUUUAUUUCAAGAUGACAACUGAACAAGGAACAUUCAGCCUACCAGUUUGUAAGUCAAUCAGCUGAUCGGACAGGGGAACAGUCUUUGUGAAAUAAACGCUCAGUCUCUUAUCUUGUCAUCUUUGAAGCAGUCAUGAUCGAAUCUUAUGACCAAAUUGAUUUAAAUGCUGAAUGGAGAGAAAACGGACGCUCUUCUGAUUUAUGGCUUUUGUUGAUCUAUUAGAUUUACUAGUUUAUACUAUAGUGUUUACUGGGUAUAUACUCAUUGAUUCCCCAAAGACAGUGAAGAUAAUAUAACAUUUUAUUAAUCUUCACAAAGAAAUUUGCUGCGGAAUAGUAAAUACAUAUAGGCACACAUACACAACAUGCACACGCACAC